AUGGUGGCCCCCAUUGUGUACGAUGGGGUGAACGGAAACGGUGACGGUGCCUUGUUUAAUGGGACCAAAUUCUGGGUGCAUCUGCGGGUGCCCCAACGGAAUUUGAUCGUCGAGAAAAUCAAGAAUAACGGCGGCACGGUGGUAAAACUAGAAAAAAUAGCCGAUGUCCUGAUUGCCGACCACGUGCGGAAAGACUCCCCGGCGGGCUCCGUCUCGUGGCAGUACAUCACCCAGUCGGUGGACGCAGGUGAGCUCAUCGACAUUUCCGACUACCUCAUCCACAAAGCCAAUGACACGGCUUCGACCGGGACACGUCGCGCCAUCAGGGUGCCCUUCACCAAGCUCGAGGAGCAGAUCCUCGUCACCUGGUUACGCAAUGCCGGCCUGGAUCUGGGGGCCUCGGGAAACUUGGUCUACCAGAAGCUGGAGGCACUGUACCCCGACCACACCUGGCACUCGUGGCGGUCCAAGUCGAUCGCCUUGGCUAGGCUGCCCGCGGACCAGCUGCCCGGUGUCUUGGCUGAGUUACCACCACCUACAGCGCGGUCGCUUGUUGACCCUGCGGAUGUUCGUUCAUAUCGGGCAGCGCCAACACCAGCGCGUGUGUCGCCUGCUGCGUCUGCGAGUGUGGAGGUCAAGAAGCCAAGGCCUGGAUCGGAGACGCCCCGGACCGCGACGCCUCAAGUAUCAGAACGGCCUGCAAGACCAGCAGAUCCUCCACAAGCCAAGGCACCAUCUACCCACACACCAGCCAAGGCACCAUCUACCCACACACCACGCGCGGACACACCACAAACACGCACAUCACCAACCCGAUCACCACGAUCUCGCACCCCAAAAGCUUCAACACCACACGCCCCCACACCAGUACCAGCCACGCGCAAACCACCAACCUCAAUAGGCGACCGAUUCCGCGAACUCGAGCAACGAAAACGCCAAAUCGUAGCCGCCCGACAAAUCCAAGCCGCAUGGCGUGCCUACCAAACACGAAAAACAUGGAACCAAGGCCUAGAAUCCAUCACCCAGUUCCAGGCCCGCGCCGUGGGGUUCAUGGUACGCCGGGCCCUUGACGGUCUCGGAGAGGAGAACGACUCCAACGACGAAAAAGACGAAAGGGGCGAAAAAGACGAAAAGGGCGAUGAAGAUGGCGAGCCACAGGAUACCGCGUGGUUCACGGCGCCCGAGAAGAGUCUAGGCGGGAACCGCGAACUAGACCAGCUUUGGGAUCAUGAGAAGGAGGAUUUCCUCCUCCCCGGGGGGGAUGCUGAGUUCUGGGGGCUUGAUGAGUCGGAGCCGGACGAACAGGACGAGCAGGAUGAGAAAAACGAGCAGGACAACCCAGCCCCACCCUCACCAUCAGCCCCCAAACAAACCCAAAUGGCCACGACCGAAGCCGAGUUCUGGCUCUGCUACAACCAGCUCAACGCCGCGUACAACGUCAAGCCCUCGCCGUGGGUGCAGAUCGGCCAGCAUGCUGUGAAUGUCUGGGAUCUGUGGCGCUGUGCGAGGGCGGGAGCGGGAGAUGGGGACAACGGUGGUGGUGGUAGUCAGGAGCAUGCGGCACGGAACUGGGAGGUGAUUGCGGAGGAGAUGGGGUUUGAUUGGGUGCGGGAGCCGCAUAUGCCGGUGAGGUUGAGGGAGGGGUUUGAGAGGUAUUUGUUGGAGUUGGAGGUGUAUUUGAGGCGGUUUGAGAUGGAGGAUGAGGGGGCUGAUGAUGAUGAUGAAGAGGAGGAGGGUGAGGAGGAGGAGGAAGGUUAUGAAGAGGACGAAGAGGGCUAUGCAGAGGGAGAAGCAGAGGAAGAACUGCUUGGAGAGGCACACGCAACACAAGAGGAAGCCCACGCACAAAUCGCCAUCGAAGCGGCUACUUCCGAAGACGACUUCAUCUCGUCUCCCCCGCUUGCCGCGCUCAAAAGAGUCAGAGGGUCAGACACGCCCAUGAACAGCUCGAUGCGAAAACGGGCGCGGUACGACCCGACUGUCGAGAUCCCCGAGACCCCAGCAGUACGAGGGCAAGAAACACAACGAACAGCAACGGCCCCGGCCCCAGCGGCUGGAAGUCUACAAACCCCGACACGGCGCACACAUAACGGCCAGCCGGUGACGCCGCGGAUCGUAUUUGACACGCAGAUCCUUAGCGAAUCCGAAGAUGCCGUCGUCACGCCUUCGCAACAAUUACGGCUGGAAAGUAGUGAAGCGACGUUUCCUGCGCAGGUCCCAACUCGAAACGGGAUCCCGCCACGGAAUACUCUAAACCUUAACGGCACGUCGUCGACCGCCCGACCUCUGCCUCGUCAGCCUCGUCUACCAAUCGGCACAGCGGACGACGAGCCCGAGUCAAGCGACGGCUUCGAACCAGUCGCUAACGUCCCUGUGCGGCCUGCCCCGCCGCGCCGAGCUCUUCCAUGGCCGACGACGUCGAAGCCCGACAAGGGGAAACAACCGGCCCUCACCACUUCCACUUCCACUUCCACUUCCACUUCCACCGCCCGCAACCCCAUCAUGCAACAACAACAACAACAACAACAACAACCCCACAGAUCAACAUCAACCUCAACCUCAACCCCAACCCCAACCAACUCCAAGACCACCCCCAAAACCCUAAUCGACCCCACCCCCAUCCUCACCCACUUCCGCGGCCAGUAUCCCGACCCCCUCAUAAUCCGCGCCAUCCACGCCACAACCUGCUCGCACAACCCCACCCGCACCGCUACCGUCCUCGCCAGCCUCUCCCGCGGCGACGGCAUUCCCCCCAACUUGCGUGGGGUAUGGACGGCCGCAGACGACACGGCGCUGAAGGGGAUUGCACCUUGGGUGAAGGGGGUUAUGAGGGAUUUACAGGCGGUAUAUGGAGGCACGGAUGGGAAGGUGGAUAGGGUGGUGUUGGAGGAGGUGGUGAAGGGGGGAAGGGGGUUUAGAGGGGGGGAUGGGGGGGAGAUGGGGGAGAGGGAGAGGGAGAGGGUGUUUUGGGGGUUGGUGGGAAGGCAUGGGGGGAUGGGGGUGUUGAGACGGAGGGGUUUUUUGGAGGCUUGGGAGCGGGCGUAA